AAUGUAUUAACCCAUAAUUAAUUUAAAAGCCAUAACGAUGUCAUUUGUCCUAAUGGACUUACUAGCGUUCGCCCUCGAUUUACUCUAUUAAAGGAUCACGUAAAACAUAAUAUUGUAUAGGAAAGUGAUUUCAACCAUGAUAAUAUUUAUUUUCUAUUUUAUAUUUGUGCAAGAAUCUAAUUGUCGUAUAUGAGAAAGUUACAAUUUACGUCCGAUUUUCCAAUCAGAUUAAUUUAUUCGUAGGAUAAAGUCCAACUGAAUCAAAUAAAAAUUAUACUAAUAUGUAAUGUCAAUUCGUCUCACUUUUAUAUUCAGUUAGGUUAUUAUUAAUUUGAUGGAUAAAUUUUAUCGGACGUUUGAAAAUUUUUUCUUAAAAUAUUGACAUUAGGGUGGUGAAAACAAACAAACGAAACUUACUUUGUAGAUAGUUAUUUAUUGUGAUAUAAAUCAUCCCGAUAUUAAUGCAUUACGUGACGCCACUGCAUGACCUAACUUUUGAUUGCAGUUUGAUAUCACCAACAUAAGCAAAUGCUAUAACAUUUGCGCGAAUUUCAUCGCCAGCAUGUCGAUUAGUGAAAUAACUGCAACCAUGUCAACACACGGUGCUACGAAUUCCGUUCAAGGAUUAGCUGAAACCGCUGCUAAAAUAGCUUUACGUAAUUUUGAGUGGCGUUUUGUUACUUUUGUGUACUUCAAUACCACAUGGAUAUUCGGCGUCGAACAUUUUCUCAAUUCAUACACAAAGACUGUUAUUGUUGGCAAAGGCAGGUUUUACCCAACCUUCACCGAUAAAACUCGCCAAUUUGUUCUCUUCGCUGAUGAUGUUCAGAGCAUGGCUGCAACUCUUGACUGGCUUGAAUCUCACCUGUUCUACAACACCGGAAAGUUCAUAGUUGUAUGCCAAUCAUUAAAUCAACAAGAAUGUGAUGAAACACAGGCCAUGCAAACUUUCUGGGAUCAUAAGAUUGUUAACGUGGUUUUCCUCAAAGAAGAAAACGUUGCGGUUGGUUAUACAUAUUUUCCUAUGUACGACAGUAGUUGUAGCAAAACUGUUGCAGUGAAAGUAAAUAUCACAGAGCCUGAUAAUCUGUUUAUAAAAAAACUUACAAAUUUGAAUAAAUGUACAAUUAUCGGCUCUACUUUCCCACAGAUACCAUUCAUGGAUUUAAAAGACGGUAUACCAGCAGGAUCUGAUGGCAACUUAUUAAACGUACUCGGCGAAGGGCUGAACGCAACUAUUAAAAUAAUGACUCCGCGUUUUGGAAAUGGAUGGGGAAAGCUUGAAGCAAAUGGAUCGUGGUCCGGCUCACUAGCAGAUGUAUAUUACGACAUAGCCAACUUCUCUAUGACCUCAGCAGCACUGACCUUAGCAAGAUUUUCGUACUUCCAAAUGUCUACCGCGUACUAUUCAGCGAGAGUCGUAUGGGUCGCGCAUCCAGCUGUAUUAAAACCUGCAUCUCUAAAAUUAUUACAUCCAUUUCAACAGACAGCACAAAUAGCUAUUGGCCUUAGUUUCUUUCUGGUUGUUUUAUGUGCUUUACUUACAAAAACAAAUAUAUGGUCCAAGUUCAGUAACACAAUCAAAUUAACCAAACCGCGCAGCAGCAUUGUCUUCUACUCUUGGAUGAUCUGCAUGGGAUUGCCGUCGACUAAACUCCCAACAAAGCGUGCCUUCGUUUAUAUUUCCGUUUAUUGGAUGUGGUAUUGUUUCUUAAUGAGAACGUUUUACCAAGUGUGUCUCAUAAGCGCACUACAAGGUAAUUUUUAUUAUGAAGAAUUUAAUUCGAUUGAUGACGCGGUUGAAGCAAAUUAUCCCUUCGGAGGUGGUGGCGCUCUCAAAGAUUAUUAUAUUGGUGAAUCCGUUGUUCACGAUAAUUGGGUGGAUAUAGAAACGCCAGAUAUUCUUCCUAGAAUGUUAAACAUUUCUAAAGGAAUGAAAUUUGUUUUAGCAAUGAGUAUGGAAACAGCUAGAGUCAUUAAAAAAGAAAAAAGAUUGCCUUUACAUAUCUUACCGGUAAAGGUAGCAGUUAGUCCGACUGUCAUAUUUUUUAAGAAAUAUUCACCUUUAGAGGAUCCCGUCAGUCGCAUGUUGAGUCGAUUGACGGAAUCUGGAUUUUCUGAUAAAUUUUACAAAAAAUAUGCUGGGGCCAAACCACAUGAAAAUAUGAACGAAGCUAGCAAUGAACCAAUAGCUAUAGAACAUUAUACGGGCUGCUAUGCAGUAUUGCUGUUUGGAUGGAUAACAUCAACCGUAUUUUUCCUUAUGGAGCUUUAUUACGAAAAAAUAUGUAAAAAAAUCAACGGGUUACAAAUCAUGUCCCCACACAGUCAUAAACACGCCCUCUAA